UUCGACGAUAGUCAUUUUCUCUUUACGAGUAUUAAAAUUCCUUUCCUCUUAUUAACUAUCUUUGCGCGCUUUAAUAUAACUAUCGGCGAGACGCUUUACCAGUAGACUAAAGCGUUUAUCGAUAUGAAACAUGGCUACGAGUAUUUUGAACGUUACAAUUGCAAAAUGUAAACAAUUCGCAGGGGUUAAAAAGAUAUGUGCAUUUCCGAACAAUGCCUUGAUAUCUGAUAUUUUCUUUGAAUUACAUGGAUCAGUCAACAGUGCCGAUUUAAAAAAUAAAAUAGACAAUUUAAGUUUGUCGGUAGUCGGUUCAACAUCCCCUUCGUGUACAGAUUUCAAAGAUUUACCGGAGGUCGACAGUUCUUUGUGUGUUACUGACAUUGUGCAGUUUGGAUUAAGAUCUCUUUUUCUCAGAUGCAAAGAAGAGCCAACUCUCCUAGAAAGUGUUGCCAUCGCAGCAGAAGCAGCAACACACAAGGCAGCAAAUGCAUUUGAACUGCUGAUGGAAAAAGGGAGAGUGUUUCCUGACAAAAAAUCUACAAGUUCUGGGGUAAAAUCUGGCACUGUGAAUGUAAAAGAUGUUUUGUACAACAAACUGGUAGACUUGUUUGUGAUGAAGCACCUUGAUUUCCCAAAGGGCAGUAAAGAAGAAGGGCAGUAUUUGGUACAGCUUAUUUUCAUGAGGUUUUAUGUAAUGCUCUUUGGUAUGUGACAAACCACCAUGAAACCUUUAAAGAGUCUUCCAGAGUACAGUAUAUGAAACCCAUACCUUCACUUUUCAACUCUCCAGAGUUUCAGAACCUAA